UCCAGAGCCGCGAGCUGGGGACGGCGGUUCCCGAGACGCGCGCGAGCCCUCUUUGAUUUGCCGCUCCGUUAAACCUUCACAUUCACCUGGAAGACUGUGUAACCUGAAGACGGAGAUCUGGAGAAUAACUUUUUUUGAGACGAAUGUCGGAAUUUCUGGAAUAACAAACUAUUUUGAAAAAAGGAGUUUCCCUUUAUAAAUUAAAGAGGAGCGGAGGACGUUUCAUUUUGGAACAAUGUAUGAAAAGAGCUGUCGGUGAAUACACUCGGGAUUUUCUGAACCCAUUAAACGCACUGGAAGCACAGUCGGAACUAACGGAACUCCUCUCUGAGUUUUCACCUCUUCUUUAUCCCAAUUAACGUUACAUCUAAUUUGCUCUGUGUCAAGCCGAAAUUUCCGUUUAUAACAAGGCGUUUGGUGGACUUAUCCUCGGACUUAUCCCCAGGCUUUUGGAAUUGGUGAUUGCACAGUGAACGCACCGAGCUCUGACCACUGACAGUAUGCAUCAAAGGGACUGCUAACUUACUCAAGGUUCUUGUGAAUCUCGGGGCAGACUGAUGCAGCCAUGGGCCGAUUGCUGGAUCUUUGAGAGCAACCUUCCUCCCCCUCCUCCUCCACCACCACGUCCUUUUCCUCCUCCUUCUACUCCUCUUCCUUUGCCCUACACAGGUGGAAGUUGAGUCCUCCAAAGCCAGAGACCAGCCAUCAGCCUAUGAUACCUUCUCCUUCCCUUCAUCUGCAAACCAUGACAAGCGUUGUUUCUCGAAUUCCUGGCCAUUCAAGGUGGCCUCUCCCAGUGCUACUCUUGUAUUUUGCCCCUCUGCUGCUGAUGGAGGGUUAUUGCCACGCAGCCCCCUCAGGCCCAGAGUCAGACUCCUGCUCCACCUUAGUCCAGAGCCGCUUCUUUGGCUUCUUCCUGUCAUCAUCAGUGUUCCCCACCAUGCCUUGUUCCUGGACCCUGCAGAACCCUGAUCCGCGGCGCUACACCAUCUUCAUCAAGGUCACCAAACCUACCGAGGACUGCGUGCCGUCACAGCUCCGCACCUUCCAGUAUGACUCCUUCCUGGAGACCACGCGCACCUACCUGGGCAUGGAGAGCUUUGAUGAGGUGGUGAGGCUGUGCGAUACCUCUGCCCCAGUGGCCUUCCUGGAGGCCGGAAAGCAAUUCCUCCAAAUGAGGAAGGGACUUCCUCGGGUGGGAAAGGCCAUCACGGAUGGCGACGGGGAUUUCAAAACUGAGUACCUGGUGGUGGGAAAGCGUAACCCCAGCAUGGCGGCCUGUCAGAUGCUGUGCCAGUGGCUAGAGGACUGUCUGGCCUCAAGCACGUCUAACAGGCCCUGCGGCAUCAUGCAGACUCCGUGUCUGUGCUGGGAGCCGCCGCCACAGCUCAGUGAGGGGGAUAGCUGUUAUCACAAUGGAGUUUACCUGGAAAACUGUUUACCCAGCGUGAAAGAGAGUGGAAAAAAUGCUGAGAUAAAUGGUGGCUGGAGUGUGUGGGGUCAGUGGGCGCAGUGCAGCAGUGAGUGCGGAGGCGGGAUUCAAACUCGGACCCGAAGCUGUCAGUCACCUCCAGAAGAGUCGUACCUGUGUGAAGGUGUGGUGGAAGAGGGCCGGCCGUGUAACUCACAGCCCUGCACUGGCAAAGGCCGCCAUCUCUCUCGCAGCCAAUCGCUUCGCUCGGUGGACAGCCGCAAGCGCGAUGACGUAGACAAGCCCCGCAGUGGACAGCAGAACCCUCAGACAGUGCACGGCGCUUGGGACGAGUGGUCACCGUGGAGUUUGUGUUCAUCGACCUGUGGCCGAGGUUACAGGUCACGGACACGAACCUGCACCCCCCCACAGUUUGGGGGAGAUCCCUGUGAGGGCCCAGAGAAACAGACCAAAUUCUGCAACAUAGCUGUCUGUCCAGUGGAUGGAGUGUGGAAUGAGUGGUCCAGCUGGAGCUCCUGCUCCGCCUCCUGCUCUAAUGGGACCAUGCAGAGAACCAGGGAGUGUAACGGCCCCUCGUAUGGAGGCUCAGAGUGCAGAGGAGAAUGGCUGGAGACUGUCGACUGCUUCCUUGGGGAGUGCCCGGUGGAUGGCAAGUGGCAGCCGUGGUCUUUGUGGUCAGGCUGUUCUAAAACCUGUGGAGGGGGGAGCCAGCAGAGAAACAGGAUUUGUUAUGGGCCCUUUUUUGGAGGGCAGCCCUGUCCUGGAGAACGAGAAGAGGUCAGGCGCUGUAAUGAAAAGAGAUGCCCAGAACCUCAUGAAAUAUGUGGCGAGGACAACUUCUCCAAUGUUGUAUGGAAGAUGACUCCAGCUGGGGAUACUGCCGCAGUACGCUGUCCUCCCAAUGCCAUGGGGCUUAUCCUGCGCCGCUGCACCCUGGACGAAGAGGGCAUCGCCUACUGGGAGAAUCCCACCUAUAUGAAAUGCAUUUCCAAUGACUAUCGCAGUAUACAAACUUUGACUCGGGAACACUUGUCCAAAGCACAGCGUGGCCUUGUGGGAGAUGGAGUUUCAGAGGUGAUGACCAAGCUCAGGGUGACAUCCAGUGAUGGGACCAGUUACAGUGGGGACCUGCUGGCCAUCGUGGACGUGCUGAAGAACAUGACGGAGAUUUUCAGGAGGGCAUACUACAGUCCCAGCAGUGCAGACAUGAGGAACUUUGUGCAGUCAGUCAGCAAUCUGCUGAUGGAAGAGAACAGGGAGAGGUGGGAGGAAGCACAACUGCUGGGGCCAAACAUCAAAGAGCUGUUCCGUCUGGUGGAGGACUUUGUGGAUGUCAUUGGCCUGAGGAUGAAAGACUUCCAAGACAUGUAUGAAGUCACCGAUAACCUAGUUUUGAGCAUCCAUAAGCGUCCAGUGAUGGGUCAUGCAGACAUCAGCUUCCCCAUGAAGGGCUGGAGGGGCAUGGUGGACUGGGCUCGCAGCUCUGAGGACAGAGUCACCAUCCCCAAGAACAUCCUGUCUACUGGGAAGCCAGAAGCAGACGAGUCCUCGACGUUUGUAACCGGCAUCGUUCUGUACAGAAACCUGGGCAGCAUUCUGACUCUGCAGAGAAACAGCACAGUCCUUAACUCCAAGGUUUUGUCAGUGGCCAUCAAGCCCACCCCUCCCUCCCUUUCUGCCCCAGUUGUAGUUGAAUUCUCUCACCUGUACAACGGCACCACUAAUCAGACCUGUAUAUCCUGGGACGAGAGUGACAGCUCCUCUCUGCUGGGAUCCUGGUCUGCCAGGGGCUGCAAAGCCGUGCUAGUCGACUCAUUCAGAACCAAAUGCGUGUGUGACAGACUGUCCACCUUCGCCAUUUUAGCACGGCUAAAUCCCGAAAUGAAUAUGGAUAAGACACAGCUUCCAUCCGUGACGCUGAUCGUGGGCUGUGGAGUGUCUUCACUGACAUUGUUGCUGCUCAUCAUCAUCUAUGUGUCUGUCUGGAGGUACAUUCGGUCUGAGCGCUCAGUCAUCCUCAUUAACUUCUGCCUCUCCAUCAUCUCCUCCAACGCCCUGAUUCUCAUUGGACAGACACAGACACGAAAUAAGGUCUUGUGCACCCUGAUAGCUGCAUUUCUUCAUUUUUUCUUCCUGUCCUCGUUCUGCUGGGUUCUGACAGAGGCGUGGCAGUCGUACAUGGCAGUGACGGGCCGCCUCAGAAAUCGCAUCAUCCGCAAGCGUUUCCUGUGUCUCGGCUGGGGUCUCCCUGCACUAGUGGUGGCGAUCUCAGUGGGAUUCACCAAGGCAAAGGGAUAUGGAACACCAAGCUACUGCUGGCUGUCUCUGGAGGGAGGUCUUCUCUAUGCAUUUGUUGGACCUGCUGCAGCUGUUGUCUUGGUUAACAUGGUUAUUGGGAUUCUCGUAUUUAACAAACUGGUGUCCAAAGACGGCAUUACUGAUAUGAAACUAAAGGAGAGGGCGGGUCAGAUGACAGUGCCACUGUACAAUAUGACGCUCAAAUGUGCCAAGUGCGGAGUUAUCUCUUCGGCUGACGUUUCCACCACAGCUACCAGUAACGCCAUGGCGUCACUGUGGAGUUCCUGUGUGGUUUUGCCCCUCCUGGCCCUCACAUGGAUGUCAGCCGUCCUCGCAAUCACAGACCGGCGCUCUGCGCUCUUCCAGAUCCUCUUUGCUGUCUUUGAUUCACUGGAAGGCUUCGUCAUUGUCAUGGUGCACUGCAUCUUGCGCAGAGAGGUUCAGGAGGCAGUAAAGUGCCGUGUGGUGGACCGCCAGGAGGAUGCUAAUGGAGAUUCAGGAGGAUCUUUCCAGAAUGGUCAUGCCCAGCUUAUGACUGACUUUGAGAAAGACGUGGAUAUGGCUUGCCGAUCAGGCACUGUGAAGCGCUCAUCUCUCCAGGGGGAGGAGAAGGCCUCCUCUGGGACCCACACCCUUCAGAAGGGUUCUAACUUUAACACCAUGCCGGCCAGCAUGGCCAAGGUUCACCUCCAGAAUGUGGCAGACUACACCAGCCACACUCUGACUCUGCGCAGGGAGAAGGGCCCCACCAAGGGAAUCAGCACGGAGCUGCCAGGUGCCAAAUCCAUCUACAUCUGCGAUGGCGAGCUCUUCAAGCAGCUUGAUGGAGAGCUGCCUCGAGGAAACGGGGAGGGCAGCAGCUCUGAGGGCACUGGCAAAGGCCCGGGGUACGUCAUUCUACCGACCAACAACACAGGCACCCUGAAGCCGGCCAAGGGGAAAGAGGAGCAGACAGCCAAGUAUAACAUCAGCAUUGAGCAGCUGCCUCAGACCAGGCUCAUCCACCUGGCUAACCCUGCCAGUGGAGAGCCAGUGCCUGGCUUCGGGCUGAAGAGCCUGCCUGCUGACCAGAUCAGUGUGUCAUGCUCUGACAGAGACUCACCUGCACACAAUCUGCAAAAUAUGCCCAGAGACUCCCAGGUGGCCAACAGCAUGUGUGACGGAGGAGAUUCCGGAAACUCUGGUGUGAUGUCCAAGAGUGAGACCGUCUCCACACUGUCCAUGAGCUCACUGGAGAGACGAAAAUCACGCUAUGCAGAGCUUGACUUUGAGAAGAUUAUGCAUACCCGGAAACGCCACCAGGACAUGUUUCAGGACCUGAACAGGAAGAUUCACAGUGCAGACAAGGAUAGAGAAUCUCCACCUGUUGACGCCAAAGCUGCCAAAAGAUGGAGUGUGUCCUCUGCCAGCAGCGACAAGACCAACAUGAGUGACAAGCAGCAGACCCCGAGUAAGAGGGCGUGGGAGGGCAUCAGGAAGCCCCACUCCCCCCCAUCCUGGGUAAGGAAGGACCUGGAGACGGUGGCUGCCUCCCCUCUGGAGAUGCAGACGGUAGAGUGGGAGAAGACCAGCGCCACCAUCCCUCUGGUGGGCCAGGAGAUCAUGGACCUUCAGACAGAGGUGUGACCCAGCUUCUGGCAUCACACCCACAACGUCCUUUUUUUCCCCAGUGCUCUCAGACAGACAAGCAGAACCCACCACACACACUGCCCUGCUCUGUAUUUUUACUCAAAGGCUGGAUAAGGCCCACUGCGAGAACGUGAGGGGGACGGAGGGCGAGGAGGAGAGAGAAGCGUCACAAUAUCAGAAAAUUAAUUCAAUCAAUUAAAGAGAGAACAGGAAAAUAGCGUCUCUUUUAAUGUUUCAUUUUGAUGUUUGGACGGUGUUUUUGUCUGCAAAAUACUGGUCAUCUUCUUGUAUAUGGUCUCAGACACCACAGUGGCUCACAUGGUCGUACAGAUUGCCAUGUGCAUCAUAUAGUCAUGUAAUAAAUCACAUAGCAAAGGUAAUCAUGCGAUGUUUACCCCUGUAUUAAAUGAAUACAAUGUAAUAAUCAUGAUUAUGUCUCCUUUUUUUUCUCUGUUGAGAGUAUUGUUGCAUCACUUUUCUGCUCUCUCUUUCUUCUGAUGAACGCUGAUGUAAAUGGAGAUGCCUCUGGACUUACUUUUUCUUCAACAUCAAUCUCAAAAGGGAAAACAAACAAGUGAGGCAGACUGCCAAACACACACACCCACGUGGCGGUCAAUGCAGUUCUCUCCCCCCUUCAACUCACCCCAAUCCUUCUGGCUCCACCACUUUAUCCCCCCGUGAUCCUGACAGGGCAAGGUCGGCCCUGCAGUGACAAGCGAAGGGGAGAGGGGGUAAAAAAAAAAAAAAAAAGAAGUUUCCCAGAGCCAAAAUGGCAAGUUGCCUUCUCAUCGACGGACACCUCAGAGAUGCCAGAGAGCAGGGCCGGUGGGCCUUGCGCCCUAAUCGGCCCUCAACCUCAAUGCCGCCCGCAGAGGGAUAACAUGGACGUCAGUGUCAGUGCGUCCGGAAGGAGCCACGUUCAACAAACACAUGCUGUUUGAGUCAGUUUCUCGAUGUACAAGCAGGCUUGGUACAGUGAAUGCAAAAUAUGAUGGUGUUUCACAGAGGGAAAAGGUACUUGUGUGUGUAUGUGCGUGUGUGUGUGUUGAGUAGUUGCAGAUGAGUAAAUGACUAGAUCUAUAAAUAUAUAUGGUAUGAUGAUUAAAGGUGAUGAUAUAUACAAGGCAGAGGUUAUAGAGGGAUGGUGGUUGCACACAGAGAAAGCACAAGGCUCAUUUGGAGUCCUGAUGUACAGCAUUGUAAUUAUUUCAACAGAGUUCUACAGAAUGGAUUUUAGCCUAUAAAUAUCUUUCUUACUGUGCUUGGGGAUAGUUGUUAUCAUUAUUAUAAAUAUGAACAUGAUUAUUCUGAUACUGAUCCUCCCAUUCCCUCCUCGUCCUUUCAGGGUACUGGACUAUACGAGUGUUCUGUAUCGCAAUGUAACAGUGUGUGUUUUGAUAUUACCGCCAAUCACUCCCUUCAGAUCUGUAUUUGUCGAAACCCCCUGACCCACUGAUCUGCGCCCCACCCUGCCACACACACCCCCGCCCACCCCACCCUCACUCCCCUUUUUAAUUUACUGGGGUCGCCUCUUUGUUAAUGUACAGUUUUCAGAGCACAAAAUGAAUGUGUCUUAUUUCUAAUAAAAGCAUAU